UUCAGGUCUGCGAGGUGGAGGAAGCAGCUAAGGAGGACGCUACGCCGGCUUGCAGUGGCUUGAACCGGCUCAGGUCCCUGGCCGUGAGCCCCGGCAGGCCUGCCCACGAACCUCGGCCUCUCGGUUUCCAAGUCCUAACCGGGGCGGGGCCGACGGCCCCUAGUCCCUGCUCGGAGCACCGAGGAUGAGCUUCCUCUUCAGCAGCCGCUCUUCUAAAACAUUCAAACCGAAGAAGAAUAUCCCUGAAGGUUCCCAUCAGUAUGAACUCUUAAAACAUGCAGAAGCAACUCUAGGAAGUGGCAAUCUCAGGCAAGCUGUUAUGUUGCCAGAGGGAGAGGACCUCAAUGAAUGGAUUGCAGUUAACACUGUGGAUUUCUUCAAUCAGAUCAACAUGUUAUAUGGAACUAUUACAGAAUUCUGCACUGAGGCAAGCUGUCCAGUCAUGUCUGCAGGUCCCAGGUAUGAAUAUCAUUGGGCAGAUGGCACUAAUAUUAAAAAGCCAAUCAAGUGUUCUGCACCAAAAUACAUUGACUAUUUGAUGACUUGGGUUCAGGAUCAGCUUGAUGAUGAAACACUUUUUCCUUCUAAGAUCGGUGUCCCGUUUCCCAAAAACUUUAUGUCUGUGGCAAAGACUAUUCUGAAGCGUCUCUUUAGAGUUUACGCCCAUAUUUAUCACCAGCACUUUGAUUCUGUGAUGCAGCUGCAAGAGGAGGCUCACCUCAACACCUCCUUUAAGCACUUUAUUUUCUUUGUUCAGGAGUUUAAUCUGAUUGAUAGGCGUGAGCUGGCACCUCUUCAAGAAUUAAUUGAGAAGCUUGGAUCUAAAGACAGAUAAAUGUUUCUCCUAGAACACAGUUACCCUCUUGUAUUAUCUACUACUAGCACUCUCUUGCUGUCUGGUAUAGACUAGUGAUACUGACUUAAAGAAAACGGCAUCAAAAGAUACCCUUUGUCUGUGUCGUCAGAUAAAACUGUCCAAAGGUAGGUUGGCCAAAGAGCAUCAGAACAAGACCUUAAGGACACAACCAAAUCAGAGGUACUGUGUGGGCCACACCUGUUAUUCUUAGAGUUCUUUGUUGUAACAUGAUGACUAACCUGUAGUUUGUUGCUGUUGUUUUGUUCAAGAGUUUUUUCAAGUGACAACAUAAUGGACAUUAAGAAUUUUCUGCAAUAAUGUAUUAAUAAGUUUAUAGAACAAAUUUCUUAACAAUAUCAGACAAUUUAUUCUGCUUUGUUUUACAAAUAGAAGAUUUUUUUUUUAAGUUUUCUUAACAUUUAUAACUUCUUUAUAUCACUUUGGAUAACCUUUUUAGUUCAAGUUUGUGUGCUGGUGUUCUAAUAGAUAAGAAUAUAGAGAGAGGCAGAGGCAAGAAAGAUCUGAAGUUUGAAGUUUGAGGCUGGCCUGGGCUACAUAGUGAGACUGUCUCGGGGCCGGGGGAGGGGGAAGAGGCCAUGAUUGCAGUUUAAAUCAUGAAUAUGUGGAAUGGGAUUAACCAAAGUUGUUUUUAAAGUGACUUUUUUAAACUUUAUUUGGAACUACAUUCACAUCUAUCUAAAUUAUUAGGAGAGUAUAUUAUCAAAUAGUUUUUAUGUCUUCUAAGGGCAGUCUUAUAGGCUUUUAAUUUGAAAUGUUUCAUUCAAGUUUAUUUAAUACGUAGCUUUUGGCUGAGAAAAAGAAAUGUUUUGUCUCAAAGGCACUAUUUUCAUUCAUGUUGUUUUUCAGAGGCCCUGCAAUUCUGGAUAAGACAGUAGAAAGAGUAUUCAGAGUACUUGAUUGUUUUGUUUCCUAAACAAUUCUGUUUUUAUUGUGACUUGAAAUUUAGUUUAUGUAUAAAGAUGCACAGACUUUGUCAAUAAGGAUAAAACUUAAAGCCACAAUGAAAAAGCUUGAGGGGUGUACAUAUAAUAUAGCUACAGAUCUGUUCUGCUACCUGUUCUUUAAGAAGACAAAAUAGGAGAAACAAGUUUAAAACAGUCUUCAUUCUGUUAAUACACAAAGGAUGGAUUGAACUAUUGGGGUUUGGGCUUGCUUUGUUUUUGUAUCAAAACUUGAAACUUUCUAUUGGGAUAAAAGAAUCUUCUCCUUUAUUGAAGAAGGUACCUGCUUUCCAUUUGGCUUUUCAGAUAUAGUAAGCUCUGGCUGACUCUUCAGAUGUAUCAUGGCAUAAGUAUCAGGAACACUUGCCCGACUGGUAGUGCUUUAGUUGAUAAGCAUUCUGUGUCAGAGCUCUGCUUUCACCAGCCACUUGGAUGACUUUUAUAAAGGUUAGAUUGGAUAAGGUCUUUGUUAUUUAUUUUUAUUAUCCCACUAGACUAUAUAGGAGAGAAUUUCUUAGAAACUCCUGUUUUAAAAAACUCAGUUUCAAUAUGUUCUUAAGUAUGCUCAGAAUUUUAAAAGAAUUAAAUUGUCUAAUUUAGACUGAAACCAAAUGUCACUGAGGAAUUCAAGGUAGGAUAAUCACUUAGGGGAGAAAGGACUACUCUCUGAAACAUUCCACAACCCAUGCUGUCACUGUCACAAAGGUCCAGAGGUCAGUGACUCUGCAGUCCUUUACAAUCAGGAAGCAGUUUCUAGAUGCCAUCAAGAAUGUAAUUUCCCCUCAACUGAAAGUUCAUUGAGGCCCCUAAGGAAUGAAAUUCUGUUUCUCAGGUCUAUACUUUCAUCGUUUCUAUUGUUUCUGGUACUCUCAGAUAAAAGGUUUGUCUCUUCUUUCCAAGUAUUUUCAGUGAUACAAAUCCACUCUCCAUGACUAAGCUCCAAAAGAUGGGAAUAAACUAAGAUAAUAAAGGCAGCUUAUCAUUGGGACAUAACGCAAAAGCUUGUUGAAACUUCUAGUGUCUCUUUUCUGUCUUCCUCCCCCUCUCUUUUCCUUUUUUCCUUUUGAAUGAAAAAACAUUGCCAGGUUCCCAAGCCAGUCUGGCUUAACCUAAACAUUGCACUGUUUACUGCUGACGUUUGUAUCUGAGCUUUUAUCUGCCCAUUCCCAGGUCUGCCUAUUCACAGCUCUUCCUCCCUUCCCCCUCAGCAAAAGUUUGUCUUCUGUCUGAUCUCUGUUCCCCAGACCUGAUUAUAAUCAUUGAGUGGAAAGUGUCUACUACAUUCCUGAGUUAAUCCUGCAGUGUGUUAAUUUUCA